AUGAUAAACGCUGUGCUGGUCUUUAAUAACAGUGGUCAGCCUCGACUGACCAAAUUCUACACCCAGCUUGACACACAAACCCAACAAUCCCUCAUCGCACAGAUAUACAACCUCGUCUCCCAACGCCCCUCAUCAGCCUGCAACUUCCUCCCCCUCCCCCCUUUGCUCGCCGAAGGCGCCAGCUCUAACUCCUCCAACGGCUUCUCCGAUGCCCCCACCCAAAUCACCUACAGAACCUACGCCACCCUCUCCUUCAUCCUAAUCUCCACCUCCACCGAAUCGCCCCUCGCCCUGAUUGAUCUGAUCCAAGUCUUCGUCGAAGCGCUGGACCGCUUGUUCGAGAACGUAUGCGAGCUGGAUCUUAUAUUUGGUUUUGAGACAAUGCAUGCGGUGCUUGGCGAGAUGGUUGUGGGCGGGGUUGUGGUGGAGACGAAUCUUUGA